GCCGUAGUACACACUUCACUUUUCACUGUUUUUUGAUCGAGCCAGUUUAGUUGUGUCGCAGUACUUCGUGUUUCUUCGACUGUUUUUGAGAAUAACUUUGAUUUCGGUAAGUAGUGUAAUUGAACUUGUAUGUCUGGUAUGCUGACGACAGUUGUAGAUCGCUAAAUCAAUCAAGUUUAUUACGCCUGCGUAAGUUUGCUAACGUUAGCAAUCAUGCUAGCUAACGUUAGCUUACUCUAGAUAGCUAGUUAACUCUGUCAAUCAUGCAUGCGUUGUAGCUAGCUAUGUCUUCACAGCAGUAGUUUGCUAGUUCGUCUUGCAAGAUUUUACAGAUGGUCAGUAUUUGUUGAUUUGCAGUUAAAUUCGUCAGUAACUUACUAACUAGCUAGCUAACUUGGCCAUGCAUGGUUGCAUCUCCGAGGCCGGUGUAGUUAGCCAGCCGGCGGGCCUUUAAGCUUGCUAACUAGCUAGCUAAGUAACGCAUAGCCAGCAGAUCCGACCCCAUUAUUUACAGCUACGCUAGGGUCGGACAGCAUUACUGAGUGUAUUAAGACACCGCAGGGGUGAUAUGGCUCGGAAAACGUACCUCAAUCCAGGGAUGAGAAAUGGAUGUACACCGAAUGCAGGGGUGAAAGUAGAUGUAAUUGUUUACCGGUAUGGGACACCCUAGUGCAUUUUUUUUUAUACUAAAAAAAUUACAGGGUAGCCUACUCUGCUGACACUGACAAACAUAUCAAUAAAAAAUAUUUUCUCUGAUCCAUGUAAUUGGCCUACGAAAAGUGGAGACACAAAUUCAAUAUGAAAUCCAUAUAUCCUGGAGGAGGAAAUUAUUGUCUAAAAUCAAACAAAAGUGUCACAGACCCAAUGACAAAGACAGUGAAUAUGCAUCUGCACACUCAUCAGGGAUAUGGCUGAUGUCCACUGGUGCCAAUAUGAGGCUACUGUUCGCUCAAUUAAAUUAAGAAUUUUGAUAACUAAAAGACAGAUUGGAGUCUUCAUUGUCAUCUCUUUACAGCAAUAGCUAUUUGCUUUCCAAACAGUUUUUCAGCGAUUGUAUUUUUAAAUAUUGCGAUAUGCCUGACUGGGUCUCUGCUUUUCACUGACAGUUGCACUUCAACAAUCAUCUGUUUGGUAUUUGCAGCUCGCGCUGCCCAAAUUGCAGGCCCUUCCGACUGUAGGCAAUGUGAUCUAAAACAAUCCACAGGUUUUUUUUUUAACAAGCUAAUGAUCUUCUGUGGACAAAUCAUGCUUUCGGGUGUAUCCUAUUUUGAAUUAUUGUAUUUAUUUCUGUAUAGACAGGAGUAAGCUAAUUAGGCUAUAUCAUUUUGCCAAUUUAAUUAAAUAUACUUUAGGGAAAGCUUCCCCUAGCCUUAGGACACGCCGCCUAUGCCUUCAUAAUGUGGCAUAAACACAACCAGUCAUUAUGUUUUCAUCAGAUUGUCAAACAAAGACGCUCCUGUAGGCUACCCGCACAUAUUCGUCCACUCACAAAGUAAUUUCAGCAUCCAAACACAAACAGUGCACUGUGCACCCGCAAUUUGAUGAAUGGAAAGAGACAUCUGUUACAAAACACCUACGUGUAUUGUAAUGACAUUCUGUGAUUGUCAUUAGGCCUACACUUGUAGCCUGAAUUGAUGUAUCCACUGUUGUCCACGCGCGCCUCUGUCUAGGCCUUGUCCGCAAGCGUCUCAGCCACUAAUCUCUGCCUUGACAAAAUGUAAGUGUUCUCCUCAAACCACUGCGCAAUUUGAUACCACCCGGUUUCCAGUCAAUUUGCUAUUUUUUCAUUCGUCUGACAUGCAGUAAUGUUAAAUAAUGGUGUAAUAGCUUGUAGCUUUUUGGGCAUGUUGUAUUAUUUGUGAUAGGCUCACGUUUUACCGGUACGGUCCCAUUAUCCCAACUGUUACACAGAGAAAAUUGAAUGACUUUGUUUAUAAGUAAACUGACAUUUUCGUCCUCAUUAGCUAGCAGUAACAACAGCAGCCGUUAUGUAAUGGUACAUCCCGUUGAACAACAAAGGAGCUGAUUGGCUAACACUGCUAUUUCAAAAUGGCUGCUGUGGCUUCUGCUACCUAGCAUGGGGACAAAAAGGACAGUUUUCUGGAAAAAACUAGCAGUCGUUCAAUCUUCUUUGUGUAACAGUUGGGUUAAUGGGACAAUUGAGUAUGCAUUUCUCAUCUCUGGAUUGAGGUACGUUUUCCGAGCCAUGUCUUGUGCCGGCUCCUCUGUGUCUUAAUAUAUACAGGAAUGCUGUCUGACCCUAGUACAGCUGUAAGCAAGCGGGUCGGAUCUGCUGGGAAAGUAAUGCAGUUAAAGCAACUAACAUGAGCUAAUCUUUCAGCUAUAAUAAUAUAAUCUUCUCUUUGUCUCAUUCAGGGUGUCUUUUAUGAGUAAUCAAAAGAUUCAGAAGCCAACGCUUACAGGCCAGCGUUUUAAAACUAGGAAGAGAGGUGGGUAUAAACUGAAUAUUGAUAUCAUGACUGGUCAAAUGCUGUAUGCACUCACGAACUGUAAGGCACUCUGGAUAAGAGCGUCUGUUAAAUGACUAAAAUGUAAAUUUGUGGCCCUAAUGAAUGCAUUGAUCUUUCAACAGAUGAAAAGAAGGUGUUUGACCCUACUCAGUUUCAGGAAACCAUUGUACAAGGUCUGAACCAAACUGGCAGUGAUCUGGACGCUGUUGCGAAAUUUCUUGAUGCCUCUGGUGCCAAGCUUGACUACCGCCGCUAUGCUGAGACACUCUUCGACAUCCUGGUGGCUGGCGGAAUGCUGGGUAAGGAUAUAAUGGAAUAUAAUAGAAUGCUGGGUAAGGAUAGAAUGUUAGUGUAAGAAUGGGAAAGAAUAGAAUACACUAGAAUGCUGGGAAAAUAAUAUAAUUCUGGUGAAAGAAUAGAAUGAAAAAUGUGUGCGAAAGUCUGUAUAAUAACUUCCCCUUUUUCUUCUUGUUCAGCCCCAGGGGGUACCUUGUCAGAUGACUUGACCCGUACUGAGUUCUGUCUGUUUACAGCACAAGAAGACCUGGAGACCAUGCAAGCGUAUGCUCAGGUACGCUUGUGCAAUGGUGUUUGUUAUUGGUUUAGCAAUAAAGAGCUGAAUAUGAUGCUUCCUUGACUUACUAGCAAUAUUAGUAGUGGUGGUUCAAACCCCUUUUCCUUUUUACCAACAGAAAAGGUUGAUUUUGUUAAGUGUGCUACAGUUUUUGUAUUGACAUUGGGCUGUUUUUUAGAGAUCUGAUUUUAUUUUCCUUUUCGAUACCUAGGUUUUCAACAAGCUUAUCAGGCGUUACAAGUACCUGGAGAAAGGGUUCGAAGAGGAGAUCAAGAAGGUGAAUACAUUGUUGAUUGUCUUCUUGAGCAACAUUGUUCAAUAUAUGACUUGCUCUCUUAUUUGUUGGAUAUUCCGGUUGUCACCGUAAAUUAGUUAUUCAACUCAUUGCUGUUUCCCAAAUUACAUCCGUAGGGUUCUGGUAAAAAUGAGUGCACUGUAAAGGGAAUAGGGUGCCAUUUGGGAUGCAGUCUUGAUAGAUGUCAGAUGGAUGACAUUAUUGAGCCUGACAUGGUUAUAGAAUAUGCAAUUCUUUCAACUUAUGUUCAAUGUUAUCCAGUCCAAAGUGCUGCAUUCUAUCCAAACAGUAUACUCCUGUCUUUGGAGAAUAUGCCAUUCAAGUUUGGUAAGGAUAGAAUUGCGUUCCAUUCUGUUCUUAUACCAGCAUUCUAUUGUAUUCCAUUCUAAGUUUCAGAGUGUUUGAGUUUCCCUCUUGUUCUUCUCUCCUGUGCAGUUGCUACUCUUCCUAAAGGGAUUCACUGAGUCUGAGCGCAACAAGCUGGCCAUGUUGACUGGCAUCCUGCUGGCCAAUGGGAACAUCUCAGCCUCUAUCCUCAACAGCCUCUACAAUGAGAACCUCGUCAAAGAAGGUGUGCAGCACUGCCAGUUCAAUAGGGCAUGCUUCUGCUACAAAAAAUUAAAGGGAUAGUAUGAGAUUUUAUCUACUUACCCAGUCUGAUGAACUCAUGGAUACAAUUUUUAUGUCUCUGAUUGGCUCGUGAAACUACCUCUUAACUUCCUUCAUACUGGACACAGAGUCCAUGAGUUAAUCUGAUCUUGCAUCAUCCUUUUAAUCCUGGUCCUGGACUAAAAAUCACUUUUAAUAGAGAUUCUCCAUUGAGUGUUAUUUAAAAAAAAAUCCAAGACUAGAUUUAAUCUGUGUCCUGGAAACCAGCCUGUAUACUUACAAGCUCGUAUCCAGUUACUUGCUUACUUAAAUUGAAAGUUGCAUACAUUCACUGUAAAAUGUGAAUUUACUAAGGGCAUAUUUAUGGUUUUGUCUCAUACAACAGUCCUUAUGUCUGAAGUUGCUUCAUUUCUGUUUUUACGGGGCAGACUUGUAAAAGUUGUAGAAUCGUGUCCCGUGGAAUUUGUCUUUUCACCUGGUAGGCACUAGGCCUAAAAUAAACGUUUUCCCCCUAUUUUUUUUACCCAGGUGUCUCUGCAGCCUUUGCUGUGAAACUUUUCAAAUCCUGGAUCCAUGAGAAGGAUAUCAACUCUGUGGCAGGAAGUCUCCGGAAGGUCGGCAUGGAUAACAGACUUCUGGUGAGUGAGACCACCAAUCAUGUAGGUGAUGUCCAAACAGAAGCCAUGCUAGUUUUCCUUGGGUCAGUGUAAAACAGUAAUUGGGUAGCAGGGAAGUUAAGAAUGGGCAGCUCUCCCGGGAAUACAAAGGUUGUAUCUCAAUUUGUCUAUUUGGCUGUAUCUCCUCGCCGCCUCCUCAACUGUAUUGGAGGAGAAGGUCCAAGGUCGAUCCCCUUUGACCAUCUUUCCAAUGGGUUUUGAGAAGGAGGUGAUGAGAAAGGAUGCAAGGAAUCGAGGAAAGAUGAAUUGAGAAAUUGCCAAGGAGAAGCGUUCUCUGUCGGACAGUGCUUAAGCAUAAAUAUACAAUGUAAUAGUAUUUGUUCUAUUUAAUUAUGUGAUGUAAAGCCUGUUGUUCCACCUUGUGUCUUGCAGGAGCUGUUCCCUGCCAACAAGCGGAGCUGUGAGCAUUUCUCUAAGUACUUCACAGACGCUGGUCUCAAAGAGCUGUCAGACUUUGCCAGGAACCAGCAGGCCAUAGGGUCCCGUAAGGAGCUUCAGAAGGAUCUCCAGGAACAAAUGGAACGCGGGGAUGCUUUCAAAGACGUGAGUCCGAAGUCUGGGUCUAUGCUGAUUGCUGGAGAAGGACUCCACUGGUUGAGUUCCCUACCCUUAACCCUUGAAGGGUGCAAUUGCUCUCAUUCUCCCUUGUGGAUUUAGAAGCAUUGGGUUGGUGUUAGCAUGUGGAGUGAGGAGGAGUGAAUUUGAGCACACUUGGGGUAGAGAAUCGGAUCACAGCCUUGGUCUGUGUUGAAGGAUAUUGUUAGAUUAUGAUUCCUAAUUUUGUUAGCAUGGGAUGGAGAUGACAUGCCCAAUAACCAGAAGCUAUUGUUCCUUACUUACUGACCUACGUUCCUAUCAUCCUUUCCCUCCAGAUCAUUGCCUCAGCCAGGGAGGAGAUGAAGAAGAACAACAUCUCAGAGCAGACCAUGAUCGGCAUCGUGUGGACCAGUGUUAUGAGCUAUGUGGAGUGGAACAAGAAAGAGGAGCUGGUCACAGAACAAGCCAUCAAGCACUUGAAGGUGAGCUGGUUGGUUUGCACUGAUUUCACCGAGCCAUCACUUUCACUGCUUACAGGCUAUGAGUUGUGCGGAGAGAGACUUGAGUUCACCAUUUCCGUAGGAUUCUCACAAUCAGCCUUGGAAUUGGAGGGCAUAGAUGGGCACAUGGCGCUCCACAAUGUGACGGGAUUGAGUGUCAUUUUUUUGUCGCUAGUUUUCAUGACUCAACAAAACACCCCCGUUCUCUCCACCUCUCCGCAGCAAUACAGCCCCCUUCUGAAGGCGUUUACAUCCCAGGGAGCGUCUGAGAUCCUGCUGCUCGUGAAGAUGCAGGAGUACUGCUACGACAACAUCCACUUCAUGAACUCCUUCCAGAAGAUCGUGGUGCUGCUCUACAAAGGUAAAAGCACGGGUAGAAGAAGGAGCCAAUGAGAUAUCUUUGGUUAGUUAACAGAAGCGAUGCCUCUGCUUGGCACUCAGCAUUAAGGAGAUGGAUUGAGGGAAAGGCCCUGUGACAGACUAGCUUCCUGUCCAGGGAGUGUACUUGUACAUCAAUCUGCCUUACGCACAGAAACAGGAAAAGGGCUCCUGCCCUAUGGGUUGUUCUAGCUUGGACAAUGCUUACUUAUACAAAGGUAAAGGAGAACAGUGAAUAGCGUUGUCUGCAUCCUCAGUCCUUGUUUCCUCAAUCCCUAUCAAAGCUCAUUGGAGGAGGAUGUUCGAGGGAGGGACCUUGGAUACUUGUAUCCAAUGUGUUUUGAUCCUAUCUUCUGAUCCUUUCUGAAUGACCCUGCAUUGACAGUAGCAGCCAAAACCUUCCCGCCGAGCUUAUCAAAGCGGGAUCUGGAUUAACUACCAUUAUAAGUGUGUUCCUAUUCCGCCAACCCAAGCCCACCAGAAAAUAUUGGAGGGACAGUGGUCAGUUUAGAUUGGUUUGUAUUCUUCCAAAUAUAAGAGGGGGAGAGGUGAGACAUAUGUACGCUUUCACUUGCUGAAUAAGCAUAUUUUGCUGUUAGUGUGUGGAAUGCAAGGUGAGUGACAUGAGAAAAUAUGUUUCUGUUGCCUAACAGAUUCACAUCAACACUUUGUAGUUUGGCACAAUUGUCUUUGUCAAGUAGCCAUAACUGCAUCUUCAUGCAGUUGUAAUUUUCAUGUUUAUGUAUUUUUCCCAGCGGAUGUUUUGAGUGAGGAGGCCAUUCUGAAGUGGUACACAGAGGCCCACGUUGCCAAAGGAAGGAGUGUGUUCCUGGAACAGAUGAAAAAAUUUGUGGAGUGGCUCAAGAACGCAGAGGAAGGUGAGCAUGGCUUACAUUUUACAUUAGUCAGGUAAUUUAUCAGAAAUUCUUAUCCAGAGCGACUGAAAAUCAAUUAAUUCAACUAGCUAAUGUAGGUACAAAAACCUUCAAAAUAUCUGCUAGUCCCAUCGUCUGAUGUCUGUAGUUUUGGCUGUAUUCACUAUUGCACCAUAGUCUGUUUAUUCAGUUGACUUAAAUCUGAUCUGUUUUUCCCAGAAUCUGAGUCUGAGGAGGAAGAGGCUGACUAACGGACCUCAAGCCAAAUCCAAGGCGUGUCAUAAUUGUGUUUUUUUCUAACAUACAGUAGCACCAGGAGCAGUAGAAUGUUCUGUUAUAGAAGUGCUUCUCUCUUCACCCCCCCCCCCCUUUAUUUUUUAAAUUCUACCUCCUGUACUCCAACCAUAAUGUAUGAUGUGAUGUAAGGGCUUUUUCAUUCUGUUCCUUUUAAAACUAAUAAAGUUUACACUUGUGGAUAGCAUGAAUAAUGAGUAGUCUCCCUUGAAAUUCUUAAUGAUUCCUCAUUUGAAGGAAAAUACAUGUUGCCACAUUGAACCCCCUAAGGUCGAUGUCCCGAAAAUCGGUCUUCUCACAA